AUCAAUCCGGAAAGUGGCGAAGUGAAGUCAGUGCAAAUAUCGUGCUACACAACAAUGGCCACGUCGGGUACGCCGAGCUUUGCUUUCGUGAAAUACCACGACGGUGCCAAGGCAAUAGUGCAUAUUUCACUGAUAAAGAAGUAUGCCCCUACGUCGGUGAACGAACUGUGCAAGAAAAAAUUGGUGUAUUGGUGCGACACUGGACUGCUGUCGGACCACAGCGAUGAGGACUAUUACCUCGCGGACAUUGUGGAGCUUGGUGUAACAAAGGCAGACCUCAUACAACGGUUGACAAAGCGGAAGAUAUCCGUGCCAGAAUUUAUUUUUGAUGGAGACUCAUCGGCAACAAGUGGUUUGGCGACGAACUCGCAGGUUCCUUCAGCGAAAAAGGCCGCCCGCAAUGUGCAAGCCGCAAAACGCCGCAAACUGGCGAGGUUAAUGUCCGAUGAUCAGGGCACGAGUUCUGAUGAUGGUGAAGAUGAUGUUGUUCCAAAAAAAUUGCUCUUGGCAGAGCAGCAAAAAAAUGCAGCCCUGUGUCGGAAGCUGGCAGCACUCCGAAAAGAAAAAGAUGAGCUGCAAGCACGUCACGACCGCCUGGAGGACCACCUUCUCAACAAACUGGAUUCCUGGUUCACAGCAACUUGCCAACGUUGUUGCAAGGAAAACAGUGUGCCUUGCCCGAAUGCCACACCUCCAAAUAUUGGUGCAGAUGACAGUGGAGCAGCAGUACUUGCUUCCCAAAGCUCAGAGGAGUCUGACGUUGCAGUGCCAGGGGCCUCUAUUAUGCUGCAACCUGCAAAUCCACCAUCGCAGGCCGUGCGCAAUCAAGAGUCUGACGUUGCAGUGCCAGGGGCCUCUAUUAUGCUGCAACCUGCAAAUCCACCAUCGCAGGCCGUACGCAAUCAAGAGUCUGACGUUGCAGUGCCAGGGGCCUCUAUUAUGCUGCAACCUGCAAAUCCACCAUCGCAGGCCGUGUGCAAUCAAGAGUCCGACAUUGCACUGCCGGCAGUUUUUGCUGAGGUUAAUGGCAAGGUACACCUAGGAAAUGGUGUGUUCGUUGACAAGGAGAGGUGGGACCUACUCCAGGGGCGUGGCCGGGACUCCCUGUUCUGCAAAGAACUGGCGAAACUGGUGUGGGGAGUCCCGGCACUCAGGGGUAGGAGCGUCACUGGGGCUCUUUGUCGCCGCUUUCUUAAGGACACCAAUGCUGUGGAAAAGCCGGCUUUAAGCCCCCAUAAAUUGCAAGCUGUAGGCAACGCAUUCGAUGCAUACCUUAGAAGAUGUGCCCCUGAGGAAGAGAAGAAGUUGCGGCGCUCCAAAAUGAAUAGAUACCUGGCAGACAUGCUGAGGGAUCUAAAAUAAGCAUGAAAUAGUGUACACAUACAGGGUGUUUCAGCGAACACUUUAAAAAAAAUCACAGCAUAUCCACGGGGUGAAUGAUGAUGAGUGGGCGAAGCUCCGGAGGGAAUCAUCGGAUCUCCCGCUUAAGGGGAUGCUAGCACAAACGCGUUAGAAAUGUGCAGUACUCUCUAGUAAGGUGGAGCGGCCACAGCGUCUUACGCAGCCAUUUACAAAUGCCGGAACGUGCACCGCGUUUGCCGACGCCAUCACAUGACUGCUGAGAUAGUAUACCCCCCGUAUUCAUAAACGCUCCUCGACUUGAACUUGACUUGCCACCGCUUUGGGCAGCGCGUUCGAAACGCGUUGAAGGUAAGGCGGAGAGGCCACAGCGUCUUACACCAGCUUCUUACACGGGCCGUAACGCGCUAGCACAAACGCGUUAGAAACGCGCUAGAAACGCGGCCUUUCGUUAAUGUUGGGUAUUUAUUGCCAUCGUGGUGCGUGUGUCCAUGUCCGCUUCGUGGCGUAGUGGGCUAACGCCGCGCGCUCGGAAGCGAGGGGUCCCUGGUUCGAUUCCGUGCUACGGACACAACUUUCGGAAUUUUUUUUCUCAUUUUUCUCAGACUGGUUACACACUACUACAACGACGAGGACGAACGGGUGCCGCUAUAAGGAGCUUCGCCCCUAAAAAUUCUGAAAGGUUGCCUGUGGCAGAUAGCACAAUUGUAGCUCAUGAGCUGGUCUACUCGAUGAGGCGAACAUUACUUGCACAAGAAAUCUUAAGGCAUAAUCAAAUAAUUAACAGAAAUUCUGUGAUUAAGUUUAACUAAUUACCUGAUGGCCCAUAUUGCAAUUCACA